AUAAAUUGAUUUUUAAAGUAACAGAGGUAUCAAAUAUUUUGACGAAUCCUCGUUAAUAGGACUACCAAAUUUGCACAUCUGGGAACACUGUAAAAUUAUUCUUUCCGGUGAUCUUCCCGUCGGAGAAGAUGAUCGUUUGCGUUGCCGUCGUCGGUCACCAGAACAAUCCACUUUACAUACAGAGUUUUACUGAAGCAGAUGACGCCCUAAAGCUUCAUCACAUUGUCCAUUGCUCCCUUGACGUUGUCGACGAGAGAGUGAACAAUCCAAAAAAAUCUAGCCCCACUCUGAACGAGACAUUUCUUGGCCUGCUAUAUCCAACUGAAAACUACAAAGUGUAUGGUUAUUUGACUAAUACAAAAGUGAAACUUAUAUUGGUAACAACAGAUCUUGAUGUUAGAGAUGCCGAUGUGAGAAAUUUUUUCAGGAAAUUUCAUGCCGCAUAUGUUGAUGCUGUGUCAAAUCCAUUUCAUGUUCCUGGCAAGAAGAUAACAUCCAGAACUUUUGCUGAAAGGGUUAGCACUAUCGUCAAGUCUUUUGGUUUGAGUUCAGGUAGUUGAAUGACUGCUCUCGAAGUCAUUUUGCAAGGCACUCCAGUGACUUCUCUCCCAAGCUGAUGAACAAAGGAAGGAUGAAGAGCAUAUUUUUGCAAACUAGCUUGAAGGGUAUUUGUCAAAUUUGCUACCUCACAUGACAGUAACAAAAACAGACAAGUACUUUCUGUGUAUUUUAUUUUCAUUGAUUUUAAGAUUUACUGAACACAGUGUGGAGUAGGUAAUUACUGGUUUCAGUUUGAGUCUUAUGUACUUGCGUGACAGUUGCAUUUGUUCAAGUAAACGAAAUUCUCAUAGAGCCACCAUAAACAGUUCAUAUUUUGCUCUG